CUAGGGUUUUGCUCUCCCUCCGUCAUUGAAUAUAAAGCCCUUUGGUUCUUCACCCUAAACGUUCAGCAGCCUUAUUUUUUUUCCUUCACUCUCUCUCUCUACAUUUCGGAAAUGGCUCCCAAAAGAGGUGUGAAGACUGUUGCUUCAAAAAAGAAGCCUGAGAAGGCUACAAACCCUUUGUUUGAGAAGCGACCCAAGCAAUUUGGAAUUGGUGGUGCUCUUCCACCAAAGAAGGAUCUCACCAGAUUCAUCAAGUGGCCCCGUGUUGUUCAAAUUCAGAGGAAGAGAAGGAUUUUGAAGCAGCGUUUGAAGGUUCCUCCAGCUAUCAAUCAGUUCACCAAGGCACUUGACAAGAACCUUGCAUCAAACCUUUUCAAGUUGUUGCUCAAAUACAGACCUGAGGACAAGGCUGAGAAGAAGGAAAGGAUUUUGAAAGCCGCUCAAGCAGAAGCUGAGGGCAAGAAGCCAGAGCUCAAGAAGCCUGUUGUUGUGAAAUACGGUCUUAACCACAUCACUUACUUGAUUGAGCAGGGUAAGGCCCAGUUGGUGGUCAUCGCCCAUGAUGUCGACCCAAUUGAGCUCGUAGUUUGGCUUCCUGCUUUGUGCCGUAAGAUGGAAGUUCCAUACUGCAUUGUGAAGGGAAAGGCUCGUCUUGGAACGGUUGUCCACAAAAAGACUGCAGCUGCUCUUUGCUUGACUAAUGUGAAGAAUGAGGACAAAAUGGAGUUCAGCAGAAUUGUCGAGGCAGUCAAGGCUAACUUCAACGACAAGUACGAUGAACACAGAAAGAAGUGGGGAGGUGGAAUCAUGGGUUCCAAAUCUCAGGCUAAGAUGAAGGCCAGGGAGAGGGUUUUGGCAAAGGAGGCUGCUCAGAGAAUGAAUUAGUUUCGAGAACUACAUAUUCUCAGCAUUAAAGAGCUCCUAGAUAUUAAUGCUUAGUGUUUUUUGUUCGAUUGUAAUUUUCCGACAUCAGAAAUCGAUAACUUAGUUUAUUCUGUUGAAGUACUUGUAUGGAGUUGUUUUGGUAGUGAAUUUUGAAAUUUACCUCCUUAAAUUUUAUGAAAACAUAUGAUGCGUUGAGUAUGAGAA